AUGUCGAAAUUGACCCGAACAGGUGUAAGUGAUGGUGAUCAGCGCAUGGGUGACGUUAAUGUGGAUGAUUUCUGGAAUGCAGAUGCGGAUAAAUAUAAAUGUUGCUGUCGUACAUUUCAUGUUGUUCGAGCAUCACUCUUCAUUGCCUAUGCUCAAAUGCUAAUCACAUUCGUUUUUGCGCUUUUCUUCACUUUUUAUUAUGUGCAGGCCGUUAAUGGACGACUAACGCCAGACCACUGGAUCAAUCAAUUGGGUGAACGAUAUAUUUCUUCACUUCUGUUUGCCGUAACGUUACAAUUGCUUCUUGUUCUUUUAUUGGUUCACGGAAUUCGAACAGAACGUCGCUCAUUUUUGCUCCCAUUCAUUGUAUUCGCAUUGAUCGCAGUGCUUCUUGGCUUUGCCCAGGCAGAUAUUAAUGAUCUUAUUUAUUCUGAAAUUUAA